AUGCACGGCCGUGCACCCUGGCCGUGCGAGAGGGCUGAAGUUCGACUUAAUGACACGCUGCGUUUUGAGUUGCACGGCCAGAAUGGUGAUAUGCACGGCCGUGCACCCUGGCCAUGCGAGUCGGGAUUUCCUGGUUUUAAGCCAAAUUCCGAACCAAAGAAGAGGGGGAGCUGGGUUUUGGAUCCCAAACACCCAAGGGACGAACCAAAGAGAGAGAGAGGGCGAUUUGAGGGCAUUCUUGGAGUGGAGUUGGAGGAUUUCUUCGCCUUGGAAGCUCGAGGAACAAGCCCGGACUUGAAGACUGAUCAUCUGAAGAUUCUUACUGCAGUCUCUCUCUUCUCUAUGGAGUAA